AUGAGUGUACUUUUAACAAAUGAUAUUCCAAGUCAUACGUCGCAAUCCUACGAUUCAGAUCGGCAAUCGUACGCGGUUAUUGGUGGAGGUGCCCAUAAAACGAGUGGUACCUAUCUAUUGCCAGCACUAGAGCGACCCAAGCGCUUGAGUAUUAACAGCACAACAGCGAUGAGCAAUACGGUUGCAGAUGGUCAACCGAGCCGCGAGAGGAAUCUGAGACGUCAUGGAACUGAGCCGGCCAGGAGACGAGGUAGCCACUUCAUAUUGUUUGCAAUAUCCGGAUAUCUCUUGCGUGCUCAGUAUCUCACUAUUACAUGA